CGUUGCGACCGCCAUUACCGACAUCCCUCUCGCACCAUUGACUCAAGUGUCAGUAGAUCUUGCAAUUUCGACCGUUAUGGCACCUAAACCCGCGUCAACUGGUGGAAAGGCCCCAGCCUCUGGUGCUGCCGCCAAAGCCCCUGUCAAAACAACUGAGGGUACUAAAGGUGCAAAGAAGACCUCUAAGACUGCCACAGCCCCAGCUACUGGAGAGGAAAAGAAGAAGCGAAAGAAAGUCCGCAAGGAGACUUACUCUUCCUACAUCUACAAGGUGCUCAAGCAGGUACACGCAGACACUGGCAUAUCUAAUAAAGCUAUGGCCAUCUUGAACUCGUUUGUCAACGACAUUUUUGAGCGCAUUGCUACGGAAGCUUCAAAGCUCGCUGCAUAUUCCAAGAAAUCGACAAUUUCAUCCCGUGAAAUACAGACGGCAGUCCGUCUCAUACUUCCCGGAGAGCUUGCUAAGCAUGCUAUUUCUGAGGGCACGAAAUCCGUGACGAAGUUCUCGAGCUCUGGUGGCAAAUGAAGAACCCUCUGUUAUCAGCUGUAUCGUUAGGCGUUGUAUUAUCUUUAUAAUUAUCUUAUUGGGAUCUAGUGCUUUUGUCGUUCUCUGUUUGAGCGAUAGCUGCCCGGACAGCCGUGAAAUUGGCGGUAACUUCAAGU